CUGUACAGCAAAUGCGGUGCAAAUAUGCGGCGCAUAGGAUCUGACCCGUCCAUUUUAUCUACCACCCAUCUCGCGGGCACCGCAGUCAUUCCUCUCUUCUCCCUCCUCGUACCUGUCGAUGAACUUUCGUGGAUAGAGGGAGGUAGAGGGACAUAGAACGGGGGGAGGAGGAUAUGACCUCCCACCCCAAACCCUAACUCUACAAUGUUUCUUCCGAACCCCAAUCCCCUCAUCCCCGCCCCUCCCAAGCUCACCUUCCCCCCUCUCUCUUCCCCUUCCCAGCUCUCCCUCCUCCGCUGCCGCGCCGCCGCGGAGGCUUCCGACGCAGCCCCCUCGCCGGACUGGUUCCGCCCCCGGAGGCGGCAGGAGCCCGACGGGGGGGCCGCCGCCCGGGACCCCGGCAUCAGGGUGAACGCCAAGGAGGACAGAAAGGACGGCAGCGGCAAGAAGAAGAAGUGGUGGUGGUGGUCCCGCGACCGGGAGAGCUAUUUGGUCGACGAUUCCGAUGCCCUUCCCCUCCCCAUGACCUAUCCCAACUCCUCCCCGGCCACGCCUGAGGAGAUCGAUCGCCGCCUCCAGUGCGAUCCCAAUGUUGAGGAUUGCAAGGAAGUGGUGUAUGAGUGGACGGGCAAGUGUAAGAGUUGCCAGGGGACGGGGUUCGUUAGCUAUUAUAACAAAAAGGGGCGCGAGAUAAUAUGCAAGUGUGUUCCUUGUCUUGGAAUUGGAUAUGUUCAGAAAAUAACAGCCCGCAAGGACAUUGAUGUGAUGGAGGAUCUCGACAAUGGAAAGCCACCUUAAUACGUUCAGAUGCUUUCACAGGCAGUUUUAAUCUGUUGCCCUUGGACGUGUAAAUUUUGAUCCAUGAUCUUUAUGUUUCUUUACAAAUGAAUGCAAAAGUAAUUUUUAAUUUUGGUGCAGGCAGUUGAAAUUAUUCUGCUGCUGUUUUAGUUUAAAAUCCUAGCAUUUAUGAAUUUUUUCGACAAUUUUAGAUGCUGAAGUGAUGAUCCGGAUGAUUGCAAUAAGCUUGGAACACAUGUAUCCUGAAUCUUGAUGAACUGAUACAAUUUCUGUCCUUCCUCAACCUUGCUUUAUUGAUAUCUAAUGGUAGAGAAUUGUAAAAGUAAA